AUGCAAGAACCACAACAAUUAUUUCAAUCAUACAUUGUUCAAAAUAAAAAAUGUCAACAACUCUUAAGUGAAACACAAAAUGAGAUUCAAAAUUUCUAUGAAUCUCUUAAAGAUGAACCUUUUAUUAAAAAAGAGAAAGAAGAUUAUGACACUUCUAUUAAAAGGGGAGAAGGUAUUCUUGAUAGGUUUGAUGAAACAUUUAGAAGAGUUGAAUUGAUUAGAAACAAAGGAGACACCACACUAAAAGAAUUAAUCCUUACAAAAAAUACACUAAAUUGUCUUCUUCAUGAAAUUGACCGAAAAGAGUUAGAACUUGUUGAAAAGAAUAACCAUAUAGUUGACAAGACUAUUGGAUUAGUGAAAGAAAAGUAUCAAAAACAAAAUGAACUAAUAAAGAAAAAAAUGGAUAGUGAAAUUAAUAGCUUAAAUGAUAUGAGAAAAAACUAUUCUAAGGCUCAAAGCAAAGUCAAAUUUAAUACAAUGAUUGAUGAAGAAUUGAAAAAUGAACAACAGAGAAUAAAUGAAAUUCAUGAAAUAGUUUACAGAAAACAGAUUGAACAAAAUAGAACAAUUAAUGAAGAAAUGAAGCAAAUUGAAAGUUGGGCAGGAAAAAAACUUGGAGAUGUCAUUUUUGAUUCAAACAAACAUAGUUGGGGAAGUCAGAGUCAAUUUGGUGAUUUAAUGCAAAACCGUUCAAAUUAUAUUUUGUUAAUACAAGAUACUAAUGGAAAUAAAUUUGGUGGCUGUUUCUACAAUACUUUAAACUCUCUUUCUUCUUUUAUUUAUGACCCAAAUUCAUUUUUAUUUUCAAUAAGGUCAAAUGGUAGAUUACCUGGUAUGAUGAAAUUUAAUAUCAAAGAGGAUAACAAUUCUAUAGAAGUGUACAGUAGUCAGAGUACUUGGUUAUUAUCAGUUGGAAUGGGAGGAAAUGGACAACAAGAUGAUAUUUGUAUUAUGAAAAAGGGUUUUGAAAAUAAAGAGCAACAUAGUGGAUGUAAACAAAGUUCGUAUGACUACAGAGGUUAUCAAAAUGCAUUAUGUGGAUCAAAUAAUUUUGAUGUUUUAGAGUUUAAAAUGAUUCAAAUGAAGUAA